GCGGAGCGGCGCCGGGGGAGGCGGCAGCAGCAUGGCCGGGCCCCCGCCGCCGCCCCCGGGCCAGGAGGCGCCGCGCUACCAGGAGUGGAUCCUCGACACCAUCGACUCGCUGCGCUCCCGCAAGGCGCGCCCGGACCUGGAGCGCAUCUGCCGCAUGGUGCGCCGCCGCCACGGCCCCGAGCCCGAGCGCACCCGCGCCGAGCUCGAGAAGCUCAUCCAGCAGCGCGCCGUGCUCCGCGUCAGCUACAAGGGCAGCAUCUCCUACCGCAACGCCGCGCGCGUCCAGCCGCCCCGCCGAGGGCCAGCGCCACCCCCCGCCCCCGCCGCCAGCCCCGCCGCGCCCCGCGCCUCCCAGCGCGCAGCCCCGCCGCCGCCGCCCCCGCCGCCGCCCCCGCCGCCCCCUCCCCGCCGCACCGCCCGCGAGCGCCCGCCGCCCGCCCCGGCCCCCGACGAGCCCGCCCCCGUCAGCCUGCGAGAAAUCGUGCGCUACUUCGGCGGCGACGGCGCCGCGCCCGCAGGCGGCAGGGUGACUCGAGGCCGAGCGCAGGGGCUGCUCCAGGAGGAGAGGAGCCGCUCGGGCGGCGGCGGCGGCGGCGGGGGCGGGGGCGUCUCCUUGCCCAGGGCCGAGAGAGGCGCGCAGGCGCGGCCCCCCCAUGCCCGCCCGCCCAGGAACAAGAAGGCAGGUGAGGAGGCAAAAGGUGAAGAGGAGGAAGAAGAGGAGGAAGAUGAAGACGAUGAAGUAUCCACCAUGUCUGAAGGUUCAGAGGUGGCCCAAGAUUAUGAAGCUAGCAACUACAGCCGAUCGGGGAUAGGCCAGGUGAACGGGGACUGUAAGGACAGCAAGCAUGGCGGGAAAGAGAUCCCACCCAGCAGUGCCCUCCCCAGAGACCUGCGCUCCGUUGAGGAGCACUCCUUGAGCAAAGGAUCUGAGCAUCCCCACCAUGAAGGAAGCGAGCGAUGUCAUACCAAGGCCUCUUGGCCUGGAGAAAGUGCCUGUCAGCAUCUGGGGGGCAGCAAGAAGGAUGGCAGCACCUAUCAGCAGCCUGACAGAGCAGUGUCACCAGCUGUUGCAGGUACUGAGCCUUCCGUGCCCUCCUCUCCUGGGAGACCUGGCAUUCAGGCAGAUGGGAGACCCUUCAGCUGCACCUCAGUGAAGGAGAAACCUUCUGACCCUGUGGAAUGGACAGUCAGUGAUGUUGUGGAUUAUUUCACAGAAGCUGGGUUUGCUGAGCAAGCAUCUGCCUUUCAAGAGCAGGAGAUCGAUGGGAAGUCUUUGUUGCUGAUGCAGCGCACUGACGUGUUGACAGGCUUGUCUAUCCGUCUGGGACCCGCACUCAAGAUCUACGAGUAUCACAUCAAAGUGCUGCAGCAGUGUCACUUCGAGGAGGACGAGGGAGACUCCUUUAUGGGCUGAGGCGAAUAAGUACAGCUUGCAAGGGGGGGGGGGGCGGGGAGAGGAGGACUGCGCCAGUUGCUGCUGUCUCAGCCAUUUCGGCCUUCCUCUGCCUCCGUGCGAGCAAGACUUCAGUUGAGAAUGGCAAGAACUUUGAUCGGACAUUGCGAGAGGAGGGGGCAGAAAUGAUGACCCCCAGCUUUGUGGCUUUUGUAUCCUGAUUGCCCAGAGAGAGAAAGAGUGAGAAGGCCAGGGUGGGAGGACUGCAAAAACCCUUUCCUUCUCCCAUCCUGUGUGUGUUGUAACCCCCCCCCCCCCCAGCUUCUCACUCCCCAUAGUGCAUUGUCUGUUUCGGGAAAGGGUGGAGAGAUGCUGUUCUUCUCUCUGCUCCCCAGCUCAAUUUAAUGGAGAUAACUUGUGCUUCAGCACCUCCCAGCCUCCCACAGUAGCGCUUGAGGGUUCCGGCUGCUCCCUCCCUUCUUGAUGUGAUGGGCAAGGCAGAAGGUUUUAAUCAAGUAUCUUUUUAUUCUCUUUUUCUGUUUGUUAGGCUCUUUCUUCCAAUUUUCAUGGUUGUUGCUUGGAGUCAAUUGCUUUUUAUUUUUUUUUUCCUUCUCAUUUUUUUAAAAAAUAUAAAUAUUUAAAUUGAAAAAAAUAUACCUUGGUUUAGUAUUUCCGCAUCUAUUGGACCUCUGGAGGGGACAUUGGAACAGCUAAAAUUAAUCAGUGUCUAAGGGAGGUGGAAGCUCUCAGUCCAGUAUUCAGCUCUAGAGGGUAGUUAUCUGGUGGCGUUUGCCAAUAUGUUUUUAACAAGAGAGAGAUCUAGGAAAUGACAAUAAGAAUGGAAGGCUUUAUGAUUAGUCGAGAGCUGGGAGAAGAUCCCAGAAGAUCGGGUUCAACACGUAUAAUUGUAAUUAUCCAGGAAAAUUGAGUUUGUUUGGGUUCCUUAAAUGCACAUUGCCUGUGCAGUAGCUAUUGCACAAUCACAGAAAAGUCUGAAAUGAAAUGUUUGGAAGAGGGCUGUUCACGGCGGUGCAGUUAACAUUGUGCGUGUGGCUCGGCUCGUAUUGUAUUCUUAUGAGAGCUGUUACAGAUUAUAUUGGCAGUGUAAAAACUUUGAGGACUAAAGAAGGAAUAGGAACUGAUUGGUAGCCCUGUUCUUUCUUUCUUUCAGAAGAAAAUAUGGUUCGCUUGUUUAAAACAGACUGAGCCCAUAUAGGUAAAUUGUAACACCAAGAGUAGGUGGCAGGGGGGAAUAUCCAUAGUAAAAUAGUUUCUUUGCACACUGGCAGAAUGAGAUGUAAUGGAGUGGCCCUGUAUACAGAAUAUGAGCUUUCUUGGUUAUACUGAGAACACAAUGCACAAAAUCUUGUUGCUUGCAAAGCCUCUGUAUAUAGCAGCUUGAAACACCCUUUAAAAGAAUGUAGGAGCUGGAACUUCUCAAGAUCAUUGAGAACCUCUAAACCGCAACUGCCAGGGUUCAUUGUUCAGCAGCCAUGAUCAAUGAUUGGCUACAUUUAAAAUAUGGGCAUGCUGGUGAAUACAGCAGUGUUACAGUCAGUGGGUAAGGGGCACUGCCACCCUGCUUAUUUGUACCCCAGAAACAGAGUACUACAGAUAGGUAAGCAGAGAAAUUCCAUAUGCAUGUCUGGAGCAAAUGCCCAGCUAGACAGGAGCACACUGAAGUGAAAUUCUCAAAAAAGUUUUUGAAACCAUGAGGGCUAGAAACUUAUUGUUUGAAUUUAAGCAGAGAUUAAUGUUGUAGCACAAAAGUGCCUCGGGGCUUACAUACUGGUUGCAUGUUGCCCCUUAUUGCACAGGAUCCUAUUAUUUUGUCCAGAGCUGGGAAUAAAAAAAAAAUAAUCAAGAUUCUUGGGUUCUAAGAACUUUUACCCAUUUUUUUUCUGUGUUGGUAACCAGAUGUUUACGAUUGGUGUUAGGAAAUAAUAUGCUGUAGGGCCAUGAAAUUACAUGGCACUUCCUUAUUAUGCACAAACACCCCUAAGCUUAUGUAUGACAGUUGAUUAUCCAGGUUAAAAUGAAUAUAUGGAGGCCCCGUUCUUCAUAUAG